AUGGAGUUUCUAAACCAACGCACAAAAAUAAGAUAUUCGACGAUACUAAUUUGUACGAUUAAUGAUUUCGUUUCAAAUUCAAUAUCUAAGGGACAUUGUUCACCAUCAUCUGAUGGACGAUCAGGACCAACUAAUCUUUCAACAGUUGAUGGUUCAAUCGAUGUUGCACUAAAACCUAAAUCAACGGCAAACAUCGUUAUCAACAAAAAUCUCGAUGAUUUGAGAUUGGAAUCAACCCAGGUCAAACAAUCCGACACGGAAAUGGUCGGUUCCGGAGAUUUCAUGGAAGCAGUAUUCCAGAUGAACGGAUCCGGCGGUCGGAUUUAUCUGGUUUGGGCCUGA